GGUCAACCUCGGGAGCAUGCUGCUAGCAACGAUAAGGCAGGCGAAAGUUGAGUGGUUCCAGGCGGUCGGGUCGGCUGCCGCUUCAGGUGGCCAGCUCGUGGGAUGCACCGUGCCCCAUAGGCACAUGUGUCGCCCCGGCCCAGUGAGAACCGGUCAAACAUGCUGGCCUCUGAAUGGCUCUCGGGGGUCUCGGAGCAGGUAACGGCUCUGGUUCCGGCAAACGCGUGCGUGGGGGUCAGCAAGAGCAACGCACACACUUAUCCGGGCCAUCAGCAACUGCCAUGUCGGACUCUCUCUGAGUGCCAGGUGCCUGGUUGCUGGGAUGGAAAGAGCAUCCGGCUACAGGCGCUAAUGGCAUCAGCAAAAGCGAUUUCCACGUCUCUUUACCUCUCCCUCUCCUCUCUCGUUUGCCAACAAGCACUCCAAAGCAUCAAACCACCCCAUCUUCCACCUUCAACUUUGUCGCAGAAUGAGCUUUGUACCAAUCAAAGGCCGUAAGGCGAGGGUUCUCGUCUUUGGAUCUGGCGGCGUGGGAACAAUGGCAGCAUACGCACUCGAAAAGGGCGGCAUGGCAGAGGUGACGACAGUCUUGCGUUCCAACUUUAAGGCCGUCACGGAGUCGGGAUUCAAGAUCAACUCCAUCGACCACGGCCUUGACAUAAGCUGGAGUCCUACUCACAUCCGAAACGCCAAAGAUGAGAGACAUUGCAGCGAUAAUGCCUCUCAGCCAUACGACUUCAUCGUCGUCGCUACCAAGAACCUUGCCGAUAUCACACCCGGCGUAGCCUCUCUCAUCGACCGCGAUGUCAUAUCAGACACGACAGCAAUUGUCCUCCUCCAGAACGGUCUCAACAUCGAGCGCCCUAUUGUCGACGCUUUUCCCUACAACCCGGUCAUAUCUGGAGUCCCUUACAUCGGUGCCAUCGAGAGCCCCCCAGGCACAAUCAACCAUGUCAACCACGACGAACUCAUCAUCAGCCCUUUCCGCAAUGACAAUAUCCCAUGCAAGCUAUCCGAGGAUGCGGCCAUGAAUUUUCAAGAAAUCUAUGGAUCAUGUCCGAACGUGACCUGCAUCUAUGAACGUAGCGUGGAAAAGGCAAGAUGGAGGAAGCUGCUUUACAACGCCUCUUACAACACAAUUGCUGCCAUCCUGGGCAUGGACACAUCCCGCAUGCGUGCUUCAGAGUUCAUCAUCGACGACUUGGUGCGGCCGGCCAUGAAGGAAAUCCAAGCCACUGCCCGGCAAGUAUCUGGGGUUCACCUCACGGAUGACCUGAUCGAGACAGUCAUACGUCAGGACAACUACAAGGCCUUCUUCCGACCGAGCAUGUUGCAAGAUAUUGACAAAGGCAAGCACAUUGAGGUGGAGAACAUUAUCGGAGAGCCAGUCCGCGAAGCCGAAAAGGCAGGUGUCGAAACACCCACCCUCAGGGUCAUUUACAGUCUUCUCAAAGCCUUGCAGUUCAAGAUCAAGAUUGCUGAGGGCCUCGUGGAAGUGCCAGCGAGCGGUGAGAAACUCAAGUAUGGAAUAUCAAGGACGCGGGGAGGGUAG